AUGCGGACGAUCGCGGAGAAAGCGGAAGGUUUACAACAGUUAAUGGAAAGUUUGAAUUCUACGUGCAAGAAGUACGGAAUAGAACUGAACGCUAAGAUGACGAAGGAAAUCAGAGCAAGAAUAGGAAUGGCAAUGAACGUGUUCUACCAGCAUAAAGAAUUGAUAGACCGCAACAUCACCCUCCAGACUAAGAUACAAAUUCUGAGUCUAUACAUAUUACCAGUUGCAGCGUAUGAGUCAGAGUGUUGGACAAUGAACAAAGAAGCACAGAGAAGGAUAACAGCAUUGGUAAUGUGGUGUCUAAGAAGAAUGUUGAAGACAAGCUGGAAGGACAAAGUUAAGAAAGUUGUUCUUGAGAAGGCUAACAGCAAGGAUAGGUGGCUGAAUCAAAUUGCAAGGAGGAAGAUGAAGUUUGCGGGACACGUUCUUAGGGACUCGGCUGAGGAUUUGGAGUUGCUGGUGUUGGAAGGAUUGGUGGAAGGGAAGAGAGAUGGGGGGAGACAGAGAGGCACCUGCUUCGACAACAUCAGGGAAUGGGCUAGAGCUGGGUCGUAUGUGGAAUGCAAGAGGAAAGCGGAAGAGCGAGGUCUUUGGAGGCCUUUGCAACCAACCAUCGGAUGGAAGACGAGUAAAGAGCCCGGUGAUGCGUAUCUUUUGCCUCCUGGUUACGUCAACAUUAGAUCCUCAAUAACAACAAAAACAAAAACGUAA